AUUCGCUGUCACUAACCCAAAACGAAACGUGUUAUUUAUUUUGCGAGUUUUUCCGAAAAACAUCCAUUUAUUGCAAAUAUGGUUUCUGUAACAUAGGAACACUUUUGAUAUUAUUAAUGAACAAUGGCUCGACAUCGUAACAUUCGGAACAGAAGUUACUCUGAUGACUAUGAUGACGAUGAUUUUUAUGGACAUUCAGUGGAAGAGGAUAGUUGUUUAUCUCCAAGUGAUGCGUCGCAAUGGAUCUACGACCGAUCACGAAACCAACAGGUGAUAUCUAACCUUCUCGAUAGACACAGCAAUAUCCAGGAGGAAGCCGAAGAUGAAGUUAAAGAUGUUCAAGUUCCGGGCCCACAACGAAGAGAGUCUACCGACCUCCGCAGCCUCAAGCUUGAAGCGGAAGAUGAAACCAGGCUCAUGUCUUGCUUAGAUGAACUUCGGAAUAUUUUAGGUGAUACAGUAUCGGAAAAUACAAUGAUUCAGAGUGUGCUUAAACAUAAUUUUGAUUACAAUAAAGCUUUAGACGAUAUACUUAAUAGUGAUAAGAGUAAAAAUAAAGAUUCAUCCACAUCUAAACCAGUUAAGCCUAUUAUUACUAAUACAGUGAAAACCACAACAGCAUUAGUAGCUCCUAAAGUUAUAGCUACAAGUGUAGAUCAGAAGAGUGCUGUAAUCAAGGGUUUUAAAGUGGACCAAGAGCCAAAGCCUAAUAGUCGCCCUCAGACACCUAGAGGGCAGUCUCCUCACCCAGAAAAAAGCAAGACUGAACAAAAUGAUGACAUGAAAAAUUUAAAAGUAAAAGAGAACAAAAUUGAUGCAAAAAAACAAUAUGCCAAUGAGAGAGGUUCUGACAAAGAUCAUUUGUACAUUGUCGUGAUAGGUCAUGUUGAUGCAGGAAAAUCUACAUUAAUGGGCAGAUUAUUAUGUGAGCUCGGAGAAGUCAGUCAAAAAACUUUGCACAAAUAUGAACAGGAGAGUAAAAAGAUUGGAAAGCAAAGCUUUAUGUAUGCCUGGGUGCUUGAUGAAACAGGAGAGGAAAGAGUCCGAGGCAUCACUAUGGAUAUUGGGCGUGCCCAGAUUGAAACAAAGACAAAGAGGGUUAUAAUAUUAGAUGCACCAGGGCAUGCUGAUUUUAUCCCUAAUAUGAUAACUGGUGCUGGUCAAGCUGAUGUUGCUAUGUUGGUAGUUGAUGCAACUAGGGGAGAGUUUGAAUCCGGAUUCGAUUUCGGUGGUCAAACAAGAGAACAUGCAUUACUAGUGAGGUCACUUGGUGUAAGUCAGCUGGCUGUUGCCAUUAACAAACUGGAUACAGCCAACUGGUCUCAAGACAGAUUUAAUGAAAUCACCAAUAAACUUAAGGUUUUUUUGAAACAAGCAGGAUUCAAAGAUACAGAUGUCACCUAUGUGCCUUGUUCAGGACUCAUUGGUGAGAAUCUUGUGAAACCAGCAAGCGAACCUGAAUUAACUAAAUGGUACAAAGGACCCUGUCUUUUAGAUGUGAUUGACAAAUUCAAUGUUCCAGAGAGGCCUGUGUCUAAGCCAUUACGUAUUUCAAUCAAUGAUGUGUUCAAAGGUACCGGUUCUGGAUUUUGUGUUUCGGGACGCAUUGAAAACGGAGUUCUAAAGAAGGGCGAUAAAGUAUUGGUUUGUCCAACAAAAGAAAUGGCUGAAGUUAGAAGUUUAAGUAUAAAUGAUCUUACUAAUAAUGUAGCAUUUGCUGGAGACCAAGUCACAUUGACUUUGUCUGGGGUGGACAUGCAGAAUGUGUCAGUUGGAUACAUACUCAGCGAUCCUGUUGAGCAGGUUUCUGUUACAACACGUUUCGAGGCCCGAAUAGUAGUUUUCAAUGUUAAAGUACCAAUAACAAAAGGCUUUCCAGUGCUUGUUCACUAUCAAUCAUUGGUGGAAUCUGCUAAUAUUGUCAAGCUUAAGGCAUUACUCAGCAAAAGUACCGGUGAGCUAAUUAAAAAGAAACCUCGUUGCUUAGGAAAUAAUUCUGUGGCAGUUGUUGAAAUUGAGACCAGCAGGCCCAUAUGCAUCGAGAGAUAUAAAGAUGUUAAGGAGCUUGGUCGUGUUAUGUUACGCGUCGCAGGUGUCACCAUAGCAGCAGGCCUUGUCACUGAUAUUAUCAGCACAUGAUUGAUCUGAUAAAUAUUAUUAUAAUCUAAAUAUACAACUAAAAGAUUUGUUACUAAUUGAAGAUGUGAUAAAUUAAAAAUAUGGUUAUGUUUGGACAUUUUAGCUUUGCACGCGUGAAUAGUCUACAAUAAUGUACGGUUUUGAAGUAUAAUUUAUUAUUUAUAAUGUAAUGCUAAUAAAUUGUUUCAUGUUA